AGUUUGCUCUGGCUCGCCGGCCCGCAGCGACAAGCGACAGCCGACAGCCGCUCCGCGACGCCCAAAGCACAGCCGCCGCCGCCGCCGCCGCUGCAGUGCCGUAGGUUAGGACAGGGCGGCGCCGCGCUAUGGCGUGAGCGCCCGCGCCGACGCGAGCGACAAAACCAGCGCAACAAUUGCGUCCGACGACGCGGCGGGUCUGUCCGACAGCGCGAGCAUGGAGGACAGCUCGCCAGACCUGAGUAUCAAGCUGCGGCCCGGCAUGGAGCCGCCGGGGGACGGGGGCGGCCAGCCGCCGGAAGGACAGCAGGACGAGGAGGAGGAGGGGGAGGAGGGCGAGGAGCGAGACGGCAACGACGAGCCGCUGUACGCCGAGACGGACGUGGAGGAGGCGCUCGCCGAGGACGACGCCGCGGGCGUGGGCGUCGGCGUCGUCGCCGGCGUCAACGACGAUGUCAUAUUCCCGCCGCCGCCGCCGCCGGAGCCCGGCGCCGAAGGCGACGCCGACGACGGCUGCCCCUGCCCGCUGUGGCGCGGGGUGCACGUGGUCCGGCUGGAGGGCCGCUGCGUGCAGGCGUGGCCAUGGUCGCCGUCGCUGCACUGCCUCUGGCGCCGGGUCACCGUCCUCAAGAUUCUCGGCCGUGGGUGGCCGGGCGGCGCGACGUGCGCCGUGGGCGUGCCGGAGGCGCCGCAGCUGCCGUCGCCGGCGUCGCAGAGCGCCGUGCUCGUCAGCGCCGAGAGCCUCUCCCAGUCGCAGUCGUCGGCGUCUCGUCAGCUGACGGCGCUCAACCGCAGCCUCUCGUCGGGCGCGGCCUCCCCCACCCACCAGGCGCCUGCCAUCCCCGUCAAGAACUCGUCGCCCUCCGGGUUGCCCUCGCCCACCACGAUGAUGUCCCCGGUCCUCUACAGCACGGCGGCGCUCAAGAGGCCCUCCAGGAUCGACCAGCUGCAGGGCGAGUGGCGACAGAUGGGCACGGACGCGCUGACGACCACGCUGUCGGCGCUGUACGGCAAGCUGCUGGUCGUGAUGGGCAUCGCCUUCCCCAUGGCGGAGGUCAUCUCCACCUACAUUCCGCCAUCCUUCUACGAGGGCUUUUACCUGUACCUGUACUUCGGCAGCAUGGUCUUCCUCAUCUACAUGUACGCGAUGCUGCUGCGAGAACGAGCUUCCCAGUCCGUGGCCAGCUCCUUCAAGCGGACGCAGACGCAGAGCUCGGUGUCGGUGGACUCGGGGUCGGAGGAGAGCGGCGACACGCGCCAACACACGGACACCGAGCUGAGCACGGCGGCGGGCAGCCAGGGCCGGGGCCGCUCGGCCACGCCGCUGCGCCAGCAGGCGGCGCAUCUGCCGCAGCACCACUACGGCUCCUUCUACCUGCGCAUGGGCGCCGUCGCGUUCGGCAUCGGCAGCAUGAUCUACUCGGGGCUGGAGUUCGGCCAGUACUUCGAGCUGGAGCGCAACACCAAGUGCCAUAACGUGCUGCUGGCGCUGACCCCGGCGACGCGGAUGGCCUUCAUCUUCAUCCAGAUGUACUUCAUAUUCCUCAACAACGAGGACUCGCUGCUGCAGCAGAUGAAGGUGUACAAGCACCGCGCCCUCGCCCGCUUCGGCUUGAUGCACAUGAUCGGCACCAACCUCUCCGUCUGGCUCAACGUGCUCAUCCAGGAGACCAAGCACGAGAUCCUCACCUUCUACAGCCCCGAGAACAAGACGCUCGGCAUCCAGCACCGCCUGCUGAAGCUGGCGGCGGCGACGUCGGGCGGCACGGUGCUGUCCGGUCAGGGCCCGGAGGCGGCGGCGGCGGCGGCGGCACACCACCGCGUGGCGCGCGGCCUCAAGGGCCCGCACCACAUCUACGAGUGCCGGCGCACCAACAUCAUGGGCUCGCUGGUGCAGGACGCCUCGCCCUUCCUCUUCCCCUGCACCAUAGAGUACAGCCUCAUCUGCGCCGCCAUCCUCUACGUCAUGUGGAAGAACAUCAGCCGCCUGCAGAUCUCGUGCGGCGCGGGCGGCGGCGGGGCCCGCGCGGGGCAGCCAGCAGGCGCGGGGCUGGCGCAGCAGGCGUACAAGCGACCGCCGCACCAUUACUCGGUGGACUGCGCGCGCGCCCACAAGGGGCUCUUCGUCGGCAUCCUGGUGCUCGUGCUCACCAUCAUCUCGCUCAUCCUUUUCUUCGUGCUCAUCUCCAAGCCGGAGCUCGUCGGGCUCGCCGUCAUGGAGGUCAACAUCUGCGAGCUCACGCUCUACACCACCACCACCGUCGCCACGCUCGUCGGCAUGGUCCAAGUUCGCCAACUGAAGUACGACGGCUGUCGCAACCUCGAGCUGGACAACAUCCUGCUGGUGGGGGCGCAGACCGGCAUGUUCAUCUACAGCACAUUCACCAUCAUCGGUGGGCACUUCACCAUCGAGAAGAACACGGUGCUGGUCCUGAUCACGGCGCUGGCGUCGCUGGUGCAGACGACGUGCCAGACCAUGUUCGUGCUGGACGCGUCGCGGCGCUCGUGCGCCACGCCCGACCAGAUCCGGCGCAAGCCGGGCCGGGAGCUGGUCACCUUCCUGCUGGUCACCAACCUGGCCAUGUGGGCCAUCAACACGCUGGAGAAGUCGCGCGCCGAGUCGCACCCCAUCCAGCUGCACUUCUACGGGCUCUGGGCGUGGACCAUCAUCACGCACGUCUCCAUGCCGCUCGCCAUCUUCUACCGCUUCCACUCGACCGUGUGCCUCUGCGAGAUCUGGAAGCGCGCCUACAAGAUGAAGCCCACCUACAUGUAACCACUCCUCCGGCGUCACUUCCUCGCGCAGCAGGCUGCCGCCAUCUUCACUUCUCACGCGAGGGUUUCGCGGCGCGUGUGACGCUCCUCGGGGACCGCGAGGCUUCUUAGGUGUAGGCCUGUAUCUCGUUGGGAUGUCACUGCAGCCCUCCUAACAGUAUUGUGGGAAUACGUGUGUUCUGCUGGACAGUAUCAGUUUUCAUUGCCAGGCCCAUAACGACUAUAAGUAACUAGUCCCAGCGGAGAAUUCGGCUGCUCUCAAGCAUCUUCCAUAUGGCAAAACUAACAUCCGAGUGCAAUACUGGUGCAUUCACUUGACGAACUGCUAGCCAGUCCCGCUUUGGCAGCAGCUGUACCAGUAGAGAGAGGCAGUGCAUCUUGAUUAUAAUACGGGCCUUACAGAAAUUUUUACGAGCAACUUGUUCUCCACGGCGAGUAGUAAUGUAUGUAAACCUGGUGGAUGAACAAUAUAUCUGCCACGGUUUUUACCUGACUACGGGCAACGUAAAGCAACUGAGGGCUUUUUUAGCUUCUCGGCAGCAGCCGCAGAGGGCUUCGGCCUCAUAUGCUACAGCAUGAGUUUUGGACGGAUUUAUGCGACAUUUUUCUCUGACCUUACAAGCAUAUUACCUCAUAUCUGCAAGUAUUCAGUGGGAACAACAGAAAAUUAUAAUUUUUCAUACAACCAUUUUGAAAUAUUUUUCGUAGUGACUUGUAAUAUCAUCUUCAUUUUAGACCGUUUUUCAUUCGGAUGCUGUUCAGAUGUAGGGAACAGUCAUAGUGGAGUACGUUAAUUAUUUUUGACAUAUUUACGUACUUUAAGGUACUAGUAUCCCCUAUCUAUGAUAUUCUAAAUGCUCAUGUGUUCAUUGAAAUGUUACCUGAAGAAGUGUCAAUGCUCACAUUUCCUCUAUGUUCUAUAUCAAUCGUACUCUGUUAGUAAGUAAGUGUUAAUUUCUCUAGUACUAGGUGUAACUACAGUGGUCCGUAAAGUAUUUCAUGACAAAGCAAAUAAUCGCCUCCUGAAAUGAAAAAGUGUAUGAGUGAAUUGUGUGAGCAAAGGACUGAAUGGCUCAGUGUAGGAAAGCAGAGUUUUUUUUCUGCACACGCGAACUUUGGAGAAGAGCACAAAUUUUACUAUAACAACAAUUAUGAAGCGCAUAAAGCAAAACCGCGUGCCUGUUGAUUAAUGCAUGUCUGUGUGUGCGUGAAUGUUGAGAUUAGUAUCAGAGGCAGUCCUUAGUGUGAUUAAGCCUAUCGUGGCUUUCUUUGCUGCUAUUUAAACCCUUCAGUAACUGUGACCGAACUAAGCGAAAACUAAACGUCAAAAUAAAACGUAAAAUAAAAAUUCUGUAUGUCAAAUCGGCAGAUAAUAAUUAAUAAUUCAUUCUUCGUGACUUAGCGACGUAAGUGAAAACAUAAGUUUUACCUACUUAGUAUCUGUUGUAUACUGCCGAGCAUUGCACAUCUUCUCGAUCGAGUGAGGCGGCGGAGUCGUUUGCACACUGCACUCGCAUUCGGGAGGACGACGGUUCAAUCCUGCGUCCGGCCAUCCUGCUUUAGGUUUUCCGCGAUUUCCCUAAAUCGUAGCAGGCUAAUGCCGGGAUGGUUCCUUUGAAAGGGCACGGCCGACUUCCUUCCCGAUCCUUUCCUAAUCUGAUGAGACCAAUGACCACGCUGUUUGGUCUCCUGCCCCCAAAACAACCCAGCCCAACAUCUUCUCGACGAUCCGGCAGAUGUUGGAAAGUAUAUUGCUCACUGUUCUGCAUCACACACUCCGAAAUGACGAGUAGUAUGAUGGAGGUGAUCAUGACGACGAGCAAGGGAGGUAUUUCCUACAGACUAUGAAAGUCCUGACUCAGGAGCUUGUGGGUUUUUAUGACACGCCAUAUCGGGUAAGACAGCGUGAGGACUGUCACAAAGGAUCCAGUUCCAAUUCCUGGUACCACACAAAAGAUUUUUCGCCUCGAUGUACAUCUCGAGCGAUCUUCAUUCACACUAAUAGGGACAAUAGUGGAACGCUUGAAAUAUUAGAAGAGGUGCCAGUUUGGAACGCAGACGAAAACGGCAAGGAGAGGAUCGAGGUGACAAUGUGAGCUCCAGCACUGUCAGCGAUUGAGAUGUUAGGCAGAGUAGCUAACAGCGGACGGGCGGGAGCCACUGCGGACGAAGUCAGCAAUAGUGGGAGGGUCUUCUGUUUUAUUUUUUCCUCUUAAUCUCAGUGUAAGCACGUCUACUUUGUUUGCGUCCUGAACCUGUAAUGCUAGCAACAAAGGAACUAAUUCACUGCAAUCUGUACUGAUUGCGAGAAACUGUAGAUGGCAUCCUUCCCAGUUCUGAGUAAACCAUUAGUUAAAACCCAGGAGGAUGAACCAGAUGUGCAGUGAAUUCAUGCGCUGCAGUAGCUGUUUGUUUGCCUAAGAACUCCAGUAGUAUUGCCAGAUCGUAUUUCCAGAAAAUCAAAAAAUAGGGACUGAUGAUUUAAAAAAUCGACAGGACAAUAACAUUCAGUAUGAGACAAAGAAAAAAAAGGGCACGUAAAAGUUCACUCAUUAGAUAUAUUUUCUUAUAUUAUGAACAGUGUUGGUACACUGGUAAAGCUGUAUUCAGAAGUAAUGUUCUGCUCAUCAAAAUGCUGGUAACAAAAAAACCCCGACACGCUUCAGCAUAAAUGAACAAGAUAUUUAAACAUGAAUAAUAGUCUUUUAACGUGUAUAAUCAACAUUUAGGCUAUGUGCGCAGAGUCAGCAGUUUUGAUGCCACUUAGGAUGAACACACGCAAUAGAGGCAUAAAACAAUCAGCAUACAAGUUGCUACGCGCGGAUGUGCGACAGCAAAACCGGUUUUUGGUGGUCUGUAGUCGCGAAGUUAGUCAGGUAUUCUCUCACUAUUACUGUCAAGAUGAAUCAGCAAACUACGGAAUCGCCGGCUUCUGAUGGCCAGUGAGCCAAGCCGCCAGAACGCUGUACAGGAUAUCACAGGUUCGGAUGUGGCCUCGCUCAUGGAUGUGUGUGUUUGCCCUUGUGUCAGCCAUGAUGCGUAACGUAGUGUGUCACAACCACGAGUGAGUAUUUUUGCUGAAAACUAAUUGCCGAAAAUCAGGACUGGUGAUUAAAAGAAAUCAGCCGUAACCCUUGAAACCUACCGCACCGUAAUCUAAUUUUCUUACUUGCCGCUUUCGACGUAUUCAAAAACUCGUUUCGGAACUGAAUUGUAUUAGACCAUUUUUAAAGUAAAUAACCAUUAUAUUCAGAAUUAUUACCAACGCCCAAAACUCGGAACAUUCAGCGUUCAGCGUAAGGCUUAAGCAGGACGUAUCACGUCACACCUAAAAAUCGGGAUAUCACGCUGAACUCGACGAAUUUGGCUACACUAAAAUCCUCAUACCAUUGCAGUGAUUUAUGGGGUGCAGCCCAGAUUUUUGUAAGGAAAUUCGUUUCCUAAUUUUCGGUUCAGACAUACAACAAGAAACAUACAGGGCUGAGUUAAUAUGUGUCACAGACUGUAGGAGUGCUUGGCGAAUAUUCUCUACGAUACAUUUAGAGCCAUGUUAGACCGAUUCGAGUAAAUGUUCGAGCUGAGAUGCCGUUGUCGAUCUGAAACUAUUCACUGACGUUUCGUCCCCAUUUGUGGGGCACAGUGGCUCGAGAGCUUUCGAUGCAGUUAACGAUUUAUCUCUGAAGACCACUCCCAUGCGGGGGGACGAAACAUCAUGGACUAGUUUCAUCGUUCGACAACGUCUGCCCAGUCCGGGAAUUACAACUGACGUACAUUUACAUUAUAUUAUCUAAGAUUCAAUAAUAAACCGCUUUCAGCAGUAUAUGACUUUUUCUUUUUAUUUACAAGGGCACGACCUGUUUCGUGAUAUCAAAUCUCAUCUUCAGGUUUACAUCUACAAUAUAGGAAACAUACAACCCACAUUAUGAUAAAAGUCGAAUACCUAUCCUAAUAAUCUGUACUCUGUGACAACCAAUGUGAAAUACUCACUCGUUAGUAAAACGUUAAGCCCAUGAUACGGGAAGGCGGGUCACUCAACCUUCUCAAAAUAAAUUGCUGUCACCUACAACAAACAGGGCAUCAUAGAUCGGAUUGACCAGUUGGAAAAUUGAUAUUUUGAAAGUGCGUUUACCUACGACGAAAAGAGCAAAAUAAGAAAACAAAAAAGGUAAAAAGUCUCAGCUAGUAACAUUGACAGCCCAUGGUUAAGACAACUCACUUCAUAACAGGAAGUGCGUAGAGUAACCAUCAGACCGCCUCAUCGUACAGGGCCAUACUGCUGGUCGAAUGCUCCUGUGUGACACUGUCGCCACUACACACAUAGCGGGAAAUAUUACAAACAUUUUCCGCGUAUACAAGUAUAGGGGAAUGACUGAGGCCUUGCUUACACAGCACAACGGCACAAACUGUAAAAUAAUUCAUCUAAAAAGAAGUUACAACCAACUAGACCAGGCGCAAGAGCAUAAAACAGGCCUAAGAGCAAUAACCAAGUAGUCGAAAACUGAUUAUGUCCUUGAAAGGCAGUCACAGUUAUUGUGCCGUAAUGUCUUAACUCCAGCUGAUAUUAUCUGAGAGAUCCAUGUCUGUCAGUGGAUAAUUGUGAUUGAAAAAAUGGGGAACAAAGCGGAACAGUUGUAAAUUAACAUAUAAUUGUGGCUAUCCUCAACACUGCUGCCACAUGAUUUCGCUUCAGUUCCUGCACCAAGCAUAAGCCGUGGUAGCUCAUUAGACUCUAGCCAUGGAGGUCAGUUUCAAUCCCAGAUGGGAGCAAAGAUUUUUCUUCGUUCCAGUUCCUCAAGAAAGGUCCGUUCAGCCUGCUGUCAAACGAACACAGCUGAUCUUCCCUGGUCUAUACUCCACCUGUAGCCAGACCACGAGCUUGCGCCACAGAGUUUACCUUUUGCCCAUAAACCAACCGAAGUGGCAAAAUGGUAAGUCACUCGACUUGUAUUCGAGAGAGCGGUGCUUCAAAUUCCCAGUUUGUACGUCCAGAUUUAGUUUUUUCGUGGUUUCGCUUAAGGGGUGUAGGACGUCAGACGGACUGACUUGGAGCAGGAGAGGCACCACAGGACAUUUCAAUUUCCACUGUGUUUACUUUUACAAACAAAUUCAUAAAACUUUGUCAGCAUCACCAGGAAGGAUUCAGGAUUCACACUCAUAGCAGUAGAAGUUCGAAAACAUAAUAAAAUAAAUUUUUUUGCGUGUGGAAAUUCAUCAUUUUUUUCACUUACUGAUGGCUGCAUUUGUUGCUAUAGGUACAUUUUUCUUCAUAAGUUAGAGAGAUUCUUAUAUGAAUUUUGACCAGCAUACAUACCAUACUUACAGGUGCAUGAAACUCUAGAAUUUAUUUCAUUUGUGGGAAAACGAAUGAGCUGUUGUAGUUUAAACUUCAUAUUUAGAAAAAACACACAUUUUUUAGGUAAUUACCUCAAUUUUUACCAAAGUUUUUAAUAGAUUUGGAAAAUUCUAGAGUUUCAUACAACUUUAAGUAUGGUUUGUAUGCUGUGCAAAAUUCGUCGAAGAAUCUCUCUUAUUUAUGAAGAAAGGUGUACCUAUAGCAACAAACGCUGCCAUUAGUAUGUGAAAAAAAUGAUGAACUUUCACAUGUAAAAAAAUUUUUUUUACAACUUCCACUACGACACACACGACUUCCACUACUUCCACUACUAAGAGUGUGAAUUUUGAAUCCUUCCUGGUCAUGCUGACAAAGUUUUAUAAAUUCGUUUGUAAAAGUAUAGACAGUGGAAAUUGAAAUGUCCUGUGGUGCCUCUCCUGCUCCAAGUCAGCCCGUCUGACGUCCUACAACCCUUAAGGUGAAUGCUGAGCAAGGCAAGCCCGAUCUCUUUCCCCGUUCAUCCCCCGUUCUUGUGCUCCGUCUAAAAUGAUUACGUCGUCAACGGGACGUUAAACUCCAAUCUUUGUUCCUUCUUGCUUUGGUACGUGACUUGCCAGUGUUCUUCAACGGGCUUUCUCGUCUGUCAGUACACACUAUGGGACUGAGUACCAAUGAGAAAAUAAGCGUAUAAUAGCAAGAGUGGUGCCUCAGCUGCAAUUCCUACCUUUUGAAGUGGGGGUCAUGGAAAACUGAAUCAAAGCUUAGGGGUGCAGGAAACUAAAUAGCGGCAAGAGAUGUUUCACGGCGGCUCCAGCUCUCCCACAUUGUUGCGAUGCCUCGUCGACAGCCACAGGAGAGCGUCGACAGUUCUCUAGCUUUGCACCAGUGGCGCUGAGGCGCGCCGACGGCAGCUCGAGUGCUCCUGCUGAGGUGGUGUGACGAGGCGGUUGAGGGUGAGAAUGCGUCGUGGCUGGCUCUCCGGUGGCGUAUUGACCUGUGCUAUGAAUAACGGGCCGCUUUAUCGAGCGCGAGCCUCUGUACGAAGGCCUGCCUUGGCUACACGUGGCGCGGGCACGGUCGUUUACCUGGCCGACCACGUGGUCGCGCGUCAACCCCGCAGCCGCGCACUCGCCACACAGCAGCCUAUCGAUUAUCGAGGUUAAUGCGUCUCUAAUCUUCACGGGUGACGGAUAUAUGCGGAUUAUGUGGAACACCUUAAUCUGAAACAGUCUAUCUGUUAUAAUUCGAACUUCAAGGAACUUAACAAAAAGUUGGAAUAAUUCAGAGCUCGUUUUAACGAUAGUCUCACCAGGAUGGAAUCCAGAAAUAAUCAAAAUAAGAAUUUAAGUUAAAAGAAUAGUGCAGUUUUUUUUUUUUUGGCUAGUGUGCCAUCACUCAACAGCGGGGAAUCCUUCAGUGCCGAGAAAAACAGCGAAUGUAUGAGCGUGCAACCUUCGACAGUUCUCUCUCUCUCUCUCUCUCUCUCUCUCUCUCUCUCUCUCUCUCCAUUGGCUCACUCACUUAAACAGAAGUUCUUCAGGAGGUAGCAUCGUUUCCUCCCUCGUUCUCGGCAGUCUUAUCUUACUACUUCAGUAUCGUCGACAGCCCGGAUGACAGAACCCCAAAACUUUUCGCUAUAUGCUUUCUUUCCAGUUCACAUACCACGGACUCAAUAACCUUCUUCUUUUCAGAGGGACUUCACACAUUUACGUCUGUGAAGUCAAGUUUUAUGACUGCUACGUGUAAUAAGCUAUGCAAACAGCUGGUCGCGAUGAGUAGAACCAUAAAAGAAUUUGCAAAACAGUUCGAAUUCCAAGCGUUGAAUAGCCACUUACUUCGAAUAACAAAACAAUAGCUCCGAUCUUUCGAGUUUACUGAAACGCAUAGAAUUUCUUCAAUUUAUCGAGGAUUUUUCAAGGGACUAUACGGGUAGUUUAACUUAGAGAGAAAUUCGAUUUGUCGAGACACGAAUUAGAUCGAGUCGAAUGUACGUACUGUAUUAACUAAAUAUGUCACAUGUCAUAUUUAAAAGUCUACAUUAAUUACGCGUCACUCGACUCGAACAAGGGGUUGGAAAAUAUGUCUCCAGCUCCUACGGAAAACGCUAGGCGAACAUAUAGACAGGAAAUCAUCCUCGAAUAUAUUACAAUGGUAGGGAACCGCAUUUACCUGAAGAUGAAACGAGGAACAACCAUGGUUUCCAUUAAUUUUCAGAGGAUUAGCUUCAUGCCUUUUUCAUGAUCUUUCCACUACUUCUUUAGUUAAGGUCGUAACCUUUGGAAAAUUUUUGAUGAACCUGGAAGCCGGUUGAAAUGAUAGCUGAAUGGAACAAUCCCUACAUGACUUUAAUUUGUAUCGACAUGGAUAAUGUAGUUAUGUAUGACAAAGACUACACAGUUCAGUAAAUGCUACAAAAACUCCCAUCUAGGAUGGGUAUGGCUAUUUUCAGAUAUGUUUAUCAAUAAAUCAUUUAAAAUACAAAACUUACAGUUUCCCUUAAGACAAUAUAACAAUUAUGAAAGUAAAAAAUUUGUGUUGAAUUUCACGGUAAAAGAUUGUGGUUGUUUAUUACCUAAACUUGUAACUGCACCAUCUAAACUUUAUCUUCAUCCCUUCCCUAUUUUGCAAUUAUUCUUUUUUAUCUCUGAGCCCUUCUUCCUUGAAUUGAUCACGUUUAAGACUGGUCACUUUAUUUUCAUGAGAUUUCUUCCUUUUUAAGACUUGUAAUUUUUUCAUGAAGCGUUCUUCACAUUCAGUACCAUUGAUUUUAUAAUGCCACAUUCAAUUGUUUCUCACUAUUAGGUUAACUGCCACACAAUUUUAUUGCGUUGUAAACACAUCUUUCUGCAACAACUGUAUCAUCUUCUAAAUUUUCACCUGGAACUUCUUUGCUAAGAGGAAAAGAAACCAAUAUCAACGGCAACAUUUCCAAGAAACGUGCAUUACAGCUUCUGUAUGAAUCUGAAGAAGUCAUGGUUUACAUUUUGCAGUAAGUUCAGCAGAAAAUGAUGAAGUUUGUCCUCCUUAGGACUGAAUUGUGUUACUUGUUUUUCAGAAUAUUCUCUCUUCAGUACUUCAGCUGUUGAUGGACUUUAUACACACAGACAAACAUUCUUCCAAUGCAAUUGACUCUCCAGAAUUUCUCACUCUGGAGCUCUUCAUAACUUAAGGGAGAAACAUAAGCCACCCUUGACAGUCUAUAGUUUCAAAGAACGCUUCACAGCCAAAAUUUUCAAUACAGAUUUUGAAAAAUACCUGUGCAAUACUAUGUUUUGUUAAAUGGACUGCUGGAUACAACAUUUUCGGCGUUAGUGUUAACUUGAUCCCUUCUAGAACCGCACUCGACUGACUCGUAGAACACAAUUCAGGACCACUCAAUUUCAAAAAUUUUUUAUUACUUUCAUGACCAUUUGUUCCUUUUCAUUACAUUUUCGUGUCCAAUAGGCACCAUGAAACGGAAACGUAUUGCUGGCAUGUCCACUGGUGAGGUUGGGGCGUGAAAAACGUGAGUCAAAUGCAGGAUACUGCAUUCUAAACGAAAAUAUUCAUUCUACACACAACUGAAUAUUUCAGAUUCCUUUUUUUUCAUAAAUCGCCGAACUACGCGUGGAUAAUCCGUACCCAAAUAAUUGCUUCUUACAGGCGACAAACGUCCGCUUUUCUCGAUAUAAGUAACGAACCAAACAAGUACAGAACUGGAAAACACACUUUUUUUGCAAUUAUUUCACUAAUUACUCAAUUUUGCGACCCUAGGUUUUGGGUUAUCGGCCCAUUUUCCGCACUAAUAAGAAAACCGUUGUGUGCGUAAUGAUACAAACAAAAUACCAAAGAUUUUACAAUUAUCAAAGAAAUUAAUUGCUAAUAGUAGAUAUGUAUAAUAAGGUUCACAGUUGUAGAGUACUACAGUAAAUAACUGUCAAAAUAGUGAGGACAUGUUACCAAAAACGGACAGACAUAGAGAAAGUAAGGUUUGGAGGCAUCUAGAAGUGGGAAGUAGCUGAAGGCAUUUCGUUCAUUCAGCUACAGUUUAGGUCGGUUAUUGCGAUAUCUGUUUCUCUGCAGUAUUAAAAAUGGAGAAUGGAGACUGUUCUGUCCAUUGUACUCAUAGUACUGUGUUCGUACAUCCACUACAGAACUGUGUCUCGGUUCCAGACAGUGCUACGCAAAUGUUUAGCCUAUAGACUCUAGCUUCUGUGACGCUCUGUAAGUCUGGUGCACACUAAUAUACUGGUAUUUACUAUGUAGUACGAGCGACACUCCUUACAAGUGAUGUUAUAGGCUCCACUUUUUUUCAUAGGAGACUGCGGUGAAACAAAUUUUCACUUGUUGUUUCCUUGGUAUAAGGGUCACAUAAUACUUCUUUCUCUUCAGAGUAAUGCCUAUUUUUAUAUACAAUCUGCCAACAUAUGGUUAUAAACAUAUUUUUCUGACAUUCGAUAAGGGCACUAUUGGGAGAUAUAUUAGUGUUUCAGCUUUUUCUUAAUAGUAUUGUCCAUAAGAGUGGGCUGGUGUCCGUUUUUUACAACUUAUUUUAGUGGUGUGUAGUUCUUCUUCAAAAUUAGUCUUAGAACAGACAAUCGAUUUCUUCCUUCGUCAUUGUGUCUCACCAAUCCAGCUACGUGUCGGAAAUGAGACGGUAGUAUUCACCUCGACUGUAGUAAACGCCAAAGUGUCCGUAGGCGAGCACACGGUUUCUGGAUUCAGCAUUAUUACUGUUGUUCGUACGGCAGCUGAUGUUACUACAACCAUUGUGAAAGUCUUUUUUUUUACUAACCAACAGUCGCGAAGGUUGCUGAAUGAAUUUAGAUUGAGGGGGCGUCAUUACAGUUAUCUAUAAGAGAGGAGGAAAUGCAUGGACAAUGUUGUAUGGUAUGUUUUUAUUGGGGAAGCCCAGACUUGUUCCUUUGACCGGUUUACUAAAUGAAUCAUUUACCUUCCCAUUAAUUCGUGUUUGUAACGAGCACCAAAUCUAGUUAUUUUCCAUGAGUUUUAAUAUACACAUUUCACGUGGAUUAAGAACAACGAAUAACGCAGUCGACCUCCGUUCCGCCCCCCCCCCCCCACUACUCCACCACCCCACCAUCAUGUGUUCAACUUGUCAACUUUUGUCAGCCCGAUAGCUGUAUUUCUUGACUCCUGAAACUAGGAAAACAGCUCAUAAAUCGUAGUUUACUGUUCUUCUUCAUACCUGUAGUUCGGCAUCAUUAGCAAGUGACUACUGACAUUACUAGCAAUGCAUGCUAUAAACUCUUUGGAAAGUUUCGACCAAAAUGUAUAUGACACUACGAUCUUUGAGUGGAAUUGAAUUCUGUUGACUUCCUAUAAGCGGCGUAUAUCCAAAGGACGUGUUCACAAAGUAAUACUGGACACUGUUAUCUAAUUACUGUAACAGAAGAUACACUGUAUCGAACAAUCGAGUGUGAAUUUGAUUAUCCGUAUGAAAUUUCCACGGCUGACCAAUAAAACAAAAUACUGUUUUUCGUCUUAAAAUAUUAGUGCAUGUCAGACAUCGAGAAUCCGAUACAUUGAAACACCAAUACUGCGGAUUAAUUGAUGUGUAUACUGCAGCUUAGGAAGCUACAUAGGACUGCCUUCUGAUGCUAAUGCUGCUGCUGAGGUUGUGUUUCUUAUAUCUGCGUAUGUACGAAUGUAUGUCUGGAUGUCCAUGUACUUUAUGUACAUAUCGUCUGUACUUCUAAUGCCCUACUUCGUCUAUUUAAGCCACUAUAGCACGAGUCCUUUCGGUGCUUAGUAAUCCCGAGCGGCAUGUAUGUUCUACUCUUGUGGUUCACUUUUGCUGGUAAGUCAGCUAUUCCUAAGCACAUCUCAGGCUUUUUCGUGUAGACAAUUCUCUUUCCAACUUCUAAAAUAUAACACGACCGAGUGUCCAGAUGGCUUCUCUGGCAACACCGUAACGCUGUCUUUUCUAACAAACUCAGGUAGCACCUUAAUACACUCGUAACAUACAGUUUUCCUCCCAGAACUGUAAUCGUCUGGACCCAUGUUCGACUAACGACUUUUGUUUCCUUUUGUCAGCUACUAAUGUAUAAAUUCUUAUGUUAUCUGAAGCCUAAAUAGUAGUUAUUCUGGGUGAAAUACAGUCCAAACAUUACUAUUUAACUAAUCAUUCGAAUACCUCAAUCGAAAAAUGUUAACGAAAGUGAAUAAAUGUCCCAAUGACUUAGCGUCAGAGUAACAAGAUUUUCCCCUUUUUUAUAAUAUUUCGCAAAAUUACUUUCUGUUAAUUCACCGAAGGGACACAAAUGUUGCCCACUGGUUUCAGUUAUGCUCUGAACUCCACUGUUGCUUGUCUCAAAUUCCUACAAAGAUCUACAAAAGUUCCAUAGUCUAGUCGUAGUUUCAUAAAGUGCUGAAAACAUUCAGCAUCCACUUUUUAAAAACCUGCAGCAGCAUAUUUUUAGACAAUUGUAUAGCAUGAAUCAUUAAAACAAUGAAGAUCGAACGCCUCUGUUAACGCAACCUGCUUUGCGGCGGACAUGUAGCCGUGUAGCUUCACAGAAAGCUUAGCUGAAAAGUCUGAUUUGCUCAAGAAUGGUAACAAUAAAGAAUAAUCUUGCAGAUUACUUUUGUAAUGACCGAGGGAAUUCUGAGAGGGUGCGAAACACCAAGAAAAAUUGAGCUAUGUUAAAAUAACUGGUAGUAGCCAUAGCCUGUAGUGCUCCAGGUUACUGGAAACCGAUAAGUUCUUGCUUGUCACAAAUAUAAACAAAGUAAUAUAUGUUUCACAUUAUUUUCAUAUAUUCCAGCUAACGCAUUUUAAGACUGAAGGAGAAAUAUUAAGACAUAUUGCAAGUACCGUAGUUCACCCAUUCGUCUAUUUGCUUUUCCCAAGCAAUAAACUAUAGUCUUAAGCACUUCUAAAUACAAUCUUUGUAUGUAACAAUAAUAACGCACUGCACCAGUCAUAAUACGCUGUAACCACACUGACAGUUUUGUUUUUGUCUUCCUCUCAUUGGCACGAAAUACACAGUACAAAACUUUCGGAAGGAACUCAAUGGGAUCAAUGUAGUGUGUUCAAAACCAAUUAAUUUUUUAACAAAUGAAGUAGCCAACUACCUACAUUCAUUUUUGUCAUAUUAAGUGCACCACAUUUUAUUAGAACAAUCAGUAGGACGCUCGUUCUGGGACCAGCGUAUUUUGAUACCAACGUUUUUACAUAGCUAUGUAAUGUAACCUGAACGCAUUUUAUACGCAGAAUUACAAUUUCUCUCAGACAUUUGUAUCUUUACCUAAACUGACGCAGUACAAUAUUUCUUUUCGGCGUCAUUAAUGGCUGGCCGUAGCGUACAAAUAAUGAUUCCUAUUUUCAAAGGCUUACAGACUGACUUUCAACAACAGGUAGUUUUUACAGUUGUAAGGAUUCUUUCAUAUUUCUAUAUACAUUCCAAGUUUUUGUGAGCUUAUAAUAACCUGAGAUAUCAAAACACAAUAAUUUUCUGAGGCAACUAGGGGUUAUUAUUCAAGACGAUAUUGUACCAUGAAAUAGGAUUUCAUAUCUCUCUGAAGGUUUAAAAGCUAAAAUAAUGUUGUUAUCACAUAAGAUAUGUCUUGGUGUACAAAAAUAGAAUGAAAUGCUGCUGCUUAAUAUAUUAAUUACAUUUUUAAGUUGUUCCAUUCAUCUUCACUUGUAAUGUUCUUCGCUUCUCAUGAUUUUCACGUUUCUAAGCUACACAUUACAUAUCGUUAUGGAUUAACUAUCACAUGUAAAAAAAACUUUUUAUAUAGAAGUAAAUGUUGAAUAGUAAAUAAGUUCAUGUAUAUUAUGUAAGUUAUUCGUGAAGUGUGUUAUUAUUCAGUAACUUGUUUUCUUAGAAAACAAAAUAUAUAUUCAACCAGAAACCUACCAUUAUGCCUUGUUAAAAUUAAAAUUGGUUGCUCGUGUAUAAUUCGUUGCGAUUUUCAUAAAAUAUUUUAUAAAUGUUAGCUACUUUAUCAGUAUUUGUAGACUAUAGCGAUUACACCGUGGAAAUUAUUUUGUUACGUCGUAUUGUGGCAAAAUGACCUCGGGCAUCUGCUCAGAAAGGAAAAAUUUUAGGUAAUUUAUUGCUAAACUCUUGAGAAGAAUUUUAUAUAAUUCAUCCUAGUCUAGUAACAAUGUUAUAUUUAUGCCAAGCAUUUAAACUCGAUGUGUGUUAUUUGAAUAUAGUUUUACACAGUAGUUUUGUGUCUUUGUAAAUAUAUAUAUACAUACACUUUGAAUUAUUGUUGACAACCAGAGUCAGAAUGUAAAUGCAUUUUUUAAUCAAGCUGCAACAUCUAUUCAAUUAUGUGACAAUAUAUGUCGCACAGUCUGCAUUUCUGUUCAAAAAAUAUGUACCUUGUAACUAUACGUGAACAGUCUGUAGAAAUAAAAGAAUUAAUGGAAUAUUA